AUGUCUGACGUUGAAGCUCCAGUUGAAGCUCAGGAAGAGUUCGAAGUCGUUGAGGAAUUUACUCCUGUUAAGUUGGCCACUCCAAUCCCAGAGGAGGUUCAACAGGGUCAACAAGAGAUCAAAUUGUUUAACAAAUGGUCUUACAAGGGUGUUGAAGUCAAAGACCCAUCUUUGGUUGACUACAUUCAAAUCAGACAACCAAUCUUUGUCCCUCACACUGCUGGCCGUUACGCCAACAAGAGAUUCAGAAAGGCUCAAUGCCCAAUCUUCGAAAGAUUGACCAACUCUAUGAUGAUGAAUGGUAGAAACAACGGUAAGAAGUUGAAAGCUCUAAGAAUCCUAAAGCACACUCUUGAUAUCAUCAACGUUUUGACUGACCAAAACCCAUUGCAAGUUGUCGUCGAUGCUGUCACUAACACCGGUCCAAGAGAAGACACUACCAGAGUCGGUGGUGGUGGUGCCGCUAGAAGACAAUCCGUUGAUGUGUCUCCAUUGAGAAGAGUUAACCAAGCUAUUGCUUUGUUGACUAUCGGUGCUAGAGAAGCUGCUUUCAGAAACAUCAAGACCAUCGCUGAAACUUUGGCUGAAGAGUUGAUCAACGCCGCUAAGGGUUCCUCCACUUCUUACGCCAUCAAGAAGAAGGACGAAUUGGAACGUGUUGCCAAGUCCAACCGUUAA